CCUUAGCGAAAUGAAACCGCUCUAUCUCCGCUAUGGCAGCUGUGCGCAGGCGCUGAAAGGUUGUCGGGCGCAUAGCAAGAUGGCGGUUGACUGGCUCGGGUUUGGAUAUGCGGCGCUGGUGGCGUCAGGAGGCCUGCUUGGUUAUAUCAAAGCCGGUAGUGUUCCUUCUCUAGCAGCUGGUCUGUUCUUUGGGAGCGCAGCUGGGUUUGGUGCCUACCAGAUCACUCAAGACCCAAAGAACAUAUGGUUGUCUCUGAUUGCUUCAGGAGCACUGACUGGAGUAAUGGGAAUGAGAUUUUACAAUUCAGGAAAGUUCAUGCCGGCUGGUUUAGUCGCAGGAGCAAGCAUUCUAAUGCUUGGAAGACUUGGUCUCAAAAUAUUUGAAAAACCCCAUGAGUCAUGAACCAGUAUCUUUUCUUCAAGGGAGUUUUGUAUAGAUGAAUUUUGAGUCACUGAUUAUGUUUGACUGUUAUCAUGUAAACUUACAAAAUGGAGCUUUAUUGAACUGAUUCUGAUAGAAUUUAUUCCAAUAAACCACCUGAUUCAAAAAUG